AUGCGGGUCCUGGCAUGGGUAGGGCUGUUCGUGCUGGCGCGGAAGGGCCUUGGCUGGCUGAAGUUUUUGUUUGGACUGGUCAGGCCCGGGCUCGACCUCACUGCCCGCUAUGGACGAGGGUCGUGGGUUCUGGUCACUGGCAGUACCGACGUCGGCAGCAAUACCGAGUCCUUCUACGACAACAUCCUGAAUGCCUGCGAGGGACUGGAUGUCUCCGUGGUGGUCAACAACGUGGGGGUGGACGUGCUGGGAAAGUACUGCAGCCUGCCAGUCAAGGAUGUCCAGAAGAUCAUCGACGUGAACUGCUACCCAGUGUCUAUGCUCUGCCACAAGUUCAUCCCAAGGCUGCUCAAGCGCAAGCACGCGGGGGUGGUGAUAGUCAGCUCACUGGCAGGAGAGUUUCCGAUGGCCAUGCAUAACAUCUACUCUGCCUCGAAGGCCUUCACUGACUUCCUGGCAAGGACCCUGGCUUAUGAGUAUCCCAGCCUUGACGUGCUGUCCCUUCGGCCCAGCGAGGUGCAGACACCCAUGACCUUCCACAAACAGGACAUGUUCACGAUCACUGCGAGGCAAUGCGCAGAAGGCCUAUGCAGGGUGUUGGGCAGGACGGCCUACAGCGAGGGUCACUGGAACCACCAGCUCCAAGGGGCGCUGUACAACGCAGUGCCGGAAGGGCUUUUCAACCACGUGUUCAUGCACCACAUAGCCCCCGAGUUCAUCAGCAAGCGCAGGCUGCGAUACUUCUUGAAGACGGCCUUCUGCUAG